CGGGGCUGUGGCAGUCCCGGCCCGCGCGUGGCGGCGCCACCCCGCGCCCUCCCCGCCCGUAGGCCGAGGCCCCCGUCGGCCUCCGGAGGGGAGAUGGUCGUGCUCUCGGUGCCCGCGGAAGUCACCGUGAUGCUGUUGGAUAUCGAAGGUACCACAACCCCGAUUGCUUUCGUGAAGGACGUUUUAUUUCCUUACAUCAAAGAAAAUGUUAGAGAGUAUCUGCAGACACACUGGGAGGAAGAGGAGUGCCAGCAGGAUGUCAGUCUUCUGAGGAAACAGGCUGAAGAGGAUGCUCACCUGGACGGAGCUGUUCCCAUCCCUGAAGCACCUGGGCGCGGAGUGGACGACCUGCAGCAGACGAUUCAGGCUGUGGUGGAUAACGUGUGCUGGCAGAUGUCUCUGGACCGAAAGACCACCGCCCUCAAACAGCUGCAGGGCCACAUGUGGAGGGCGGCGUUCACAGCUGGGCGGAUGAAGGCAGAGUUUUUUGCAGAUGUAGUUCCAGCAGUCAGGAAGUGGAGAGAGGCUGGACUGAAAGUGUAUGUCUAUUCUUCAGGGAGCGUAGAGGCACAGAAACUGUUAUUUGGGCAUUCUACAGAGGGGGAUAUUCUUGAGCUUGUUGACGGUCACUUUGAUACUAAGAUUGGACACAAAGUGGAGAGUGAGAGUUAUCGAAAGAUCGCAGACAGCAUCGGGUGCUCAACCAACAACAUCUUGUUUCUGACAGACGUUACUCCAGAGGCCAGCGCCGCGGAGGCUGCAGACGUGCACGUGGCCGUGGUGGUGAGGCCGGGCAACGCGGGGCUGACGGACGACGAGAAGACCUACUACAGCCUCAUCACGUCCUUCGGGGACCUGUGCCUGCCCCGCUCCGCCUAGCGCGGGCCUCCCGCCCGCACAGUUGUCCCGUAGCCUCUACUUUUAUUCUAAUGGUGAAAUUAACUUACUUAAAAACAAACGCAUCUACAUACACAUAUGUAUGCGAGUCUAGAUACGUGUGUGCUCACAUUAACUUCCACUAAGUGAGAACAAAGUCUCAGUUCGGUGAAAACAACUUAUUUAAAGAUGCUUUAUAUGUAGAAAUUGUGUGAAACAGGACUCUAACCCUUACUGAGGGCAAAGUGUAGUUGAUGGAAGAAAUUGCUGAAGUACAGAUCUAACGUGUUCAUCAAGUCAUGGAUCAAAAUGGAAAGCUAGUUUUGAGAAAUUAUUCAGAAGCCUUGUUUUAAAAACUGGAAUUGUUUCAAAGACUUAUUUCUAAUUACUAUUAGAAAUAAAUCUAAUGUAGCCCUUGUUUAAUUUUAAGUUAUAAAUUAUAGCAUCUCUCUUUCAUAUUUGUCUCCCUGUAUAUACAAGGCAAAAGAUAUUUUUUUCUGCUUCAAAUGAGAGCAAAAUUGGGAAAGAAUGCUCACUUGAGUCUUAAUCAAUCGAGUAUCUGUUAAGAAGAAACUUGCUAAUUAUUCUGGCACCCACAGCAAGCUGUUGUGUUACCAGGGAAAAAGGUGCACCCAUGUAACUGGCUAAACUAGAGAUGUGGUUCCUAACGUUUAACAAAACAGUCCUAAUUCUGCUGGUUAUCACUACAGAUGUUAACAGUUGCCAUUCUAACUACUUCUUAGCAUAGUUUGAGAAUAUAUGUUAAUUGCCAUUUACUAUUAAUAAAAAAAGAUUUUACUGAAAUCAGUUCAUAAGGUCAAGAGCCCUAAUAUGUAAUGUUUUCCUCUGAAAUGAAUGUGAGAAAUGUAAAUUUUAUAACAUCAUUAUUCUGAUUGCGUUCUAAUACAAUGUCAUGCCAAUUUCAUGUUGUGCUUAAUAAAAGCAUUUUCUUCUUCA